AUGAAUAUGUUAGAUGAUGAAGAUGACCAAAGCUUUCACGCUACGCGUGACGGCUACUCCCAUUUGAGCAAUGUCGAAUGGGAUGCGGUUGAACGAAUGGGUUCGACUAUGGGCAUCCAUGCUGUUAGCGUCAUGCUAGAGGCUCUCAAUAGAGAUGCCCAACAUGCUACUAUCGCCAAGUUCAUUCAAAAUGAACUUGACGCUGAACGCGAGAAAGUAGCCUUGCUUCACCAACAAGGUUCUCAACAAGCAGAGUUGUUGAGAGAACAAGGUGCUCAACAGUUUGAACUGUUGAGACAGCAGCAGGCUGCUGCUGGUGGGUCGAUGCACUCGCGUCGACCCGAGACCUUGAAGAUUGACAUCUCCAAGUAUAGGGGGGUCGAUGAGGACUCCCUCUUGAGAUGGUUCGUCGAAUUGGAUGACGCCAUAAGGGCGCGUCGCAUCGACGAUGGGGAAAUGCAAGCUGCAUUUGCCCAGUCAAAUCAGGCAGGACGUGCCGAGACUUGGGCACCGCCUAGAGCUGAGUUCAGAGCUCGAACUGAACUCUUGAAGCUCAGACAAGGUAAGCGUGAUGUGCACGCUUACGCUCAACAUAUACGACAUCUCACGAGUUGCAUAAAUUCUAACCCGGUGGAUGAACACACGUUGGUUUCGGUGUUCAUGCAGGGUCUUGCGGAUGGUCCCGUCAAGACUCACCUGUUCCGGCUUGAACUAGAUUCAAUAGAACAAGCCAUUUCCAUUGCGGAGCAGGAAGACUUCAGUCUGAGACAGGCUCGCGCCAGCUCGACAUCAUAUCGUCAACCGAGACGAUAUGACAACGGAGGUCCAGAGCCGAUGGAACUCUGUUAUGUAGAGAGCGAGAAGGCUCGCUCUACAGGCUACAAGAAGUUGCAGAGAUGCAACAGAUGUCAAAAGACAGGACACUACGCUUACGAGUGUAGUGCCCCUCGUCCAGUGUCUCGCGACACUGGGCGUAGUGACCGUCCACCCAUGAGAAAGGGGCAGGGACGAGGGUCCGCUGUUGGUGCAAAGACGCAACAACGGGAUGGACCGUCAAAAAACGGACAGGAUCAGUAG